AUAUCUGCGAAAACCAAGCAGAUUAUAUUUAUGUUGUGGCUAUAGAUCCUGGAGUCCAAACUUAUCUUACUUGGUAUUCACCAACAAUUGGACAUGGAAAUAUUGGUGAUAAUGACAUUAGCU